UCGGGGUGGGAGGUGAACGGGUGCGGUCUGCGAGAGCAACACAACAUUAAUGGACGUUGUCGUGAAAAAGAAAGCGCUGUCCCAGCGCAUUCAGGGGGUUUAUCGUUUUGUUUUUAACAGAAAGGCGCAUUUCAAGAUGCUGUUUUUAAUUUCCCUCUGCCUUGUCUCCGUGGCGCGGGCUGGCGCAGAAGAGGGGCACCAGACGGAGGAAUUUCUCAAACGGGAGUUUUCACUGACAAAACCUUAUCAAGAUGUGGGCUCGUCCAGCUCCUCUCACUGGGAGCUCCUGGGGAACGCCAUGGUGAGCCCGCAGCAGCUGCGCCUCACCCCCGACAUGCAGAGCAAGCAGGGCGCCGUCUGGAACCGCGCUCCCUGCUUCCUGCGGGACUGGGAGCUGCAGGUUCACUUCAAGGUCCACGGGCAGGGCAAGAAAAAUCUAAACGGAGACGGGUUUGCAGUGUGGUACACCAGGGAGAGGAUGCAGACAGGCCCUGUCUUCGGCAAUAAAGACAACUUCACAGGGCUGGGGGUGUUCGUGGAUACCUACCCCAACGAGGAGAAACAGCAGGAGAGCCAGAAGAGGAGGUUCAGCCCCAGCUCCCAGCGGCUCUUCCCCCUGGUUCUGGCCAUGGUUGGUAAUGGCUCACUGAGCUACGAUCACGAGCGUGACGGGCGCCCCACGGAGCUGGGCAGCUGCACAGCGCUGGUGCGGAACCUGAACCACGACUCCUUCCUGGUGGUGCGCUACGUGCGGAGGAGGCUGACCGUCAUGAUUGAUAUCGACGGGAAGCACGAGUGGAGAGACUGUCUGGAUGUCCCGGGGGUCAGGCUGCCUCUCGGGUAUUACUUUGGGGCGUCCUCGGUGACGGGAGAUCUCUCAGAUAACCACGAUCUGAUCUCUCUGAAGCUGUACCAGCUGACUGUGGAGCGCAGCGAGGAGGAGGAGCUGCUGGACAAGGAGGUGUUCAUACCCAGUGUGGACAACUGGGAGCUGCUGAGAGUGCUGGAUCAGCCUGAGUCCAUGGGCGCCGUGUCCUAUCGGACUCAGGUACCCCGCGCGCACAGACAGAAGGACGAACAAAGAGAAGUCUUAGGACCCGACGUAGUAUGA